GAGAGCGGAGUGAGCGAAGCUGGAACCACAUUGCUCUCUGUCUCUUCCCCCUCUCCCUCUCUCUCUCUCACUCAGGGCAGCUGUCACUUUGUGCUGGGAGCUGGGAAGUAGUGAAGCCCCCUCCCUCUGGGGACGCAGUGACACCGUGACUCCUAAUGGUGUAGCUGUCCACAGUGGAUGAAACGUAAAUACGGAUCUCCAGCAUCCGCAGUUUAGUUUUAUUUUAGCGUUCAAUUCAGUGCUACAUCUCUACCAGAUAUGCCAUUCUGAGGAAGGCUCAUUGGACUCGCAAUGUUCACACUGUUUUCUUUCCACAGAGAUCAAGCCAAAGAAAAUGCAAGUUUUUUAGGGUGGAACCAGGUCUGUCUGGCUGAACUCUGAAGCCAUCCCAGAUAUCUACUGAGAAUGUCAGGCCCAGUUGAGCUGCAACGAGGGAGUUUUUUUAAGUUAAUUGACACACUUGCCUUAGAGAUUGGAGAACUGAAGAUGGGUCAUUCAAUUCCUGACUUGGAUGAAGAUUCUCAGUAUGCCCAGUGGUUGAGAGCACAUGGGGAUAUGGAUUAUGACUAUCAGAAAGAAGAAGCUGCUAAGUGCUGGAUGAGGGAUUCUGGCUAUGAAAGCUUCUUAUGUAACCUCAGCAUCUUCGAUCGGCUUCUACACACCCAUCCAGUCUGGCUACAUCUCAGUCUGAGUGAUGAGGAUGCUCUGCGUAUUCUGCAGCCCGAGGAUGCUGGGAUCUUCCUCGUCCGGAGAUCAUGCAGGACACAGAAGAAAAUUAUAUCAAUGCGUUUGCCUGAGUCAGGGUCUCGCUUUGUUCAAGAUUUUCCAAUAAAGGAGAGCCAGUAUACUUUCUCGCUUGAAGGAUCCUGCUUGAGUUUCGCAGAUUUGUUCAGGCUCAUCGCUUUCUACUGUAUCAGCAGGGAUGUGCUGCCUUUCCCUUUAAAGUUGCCUCAUGGAAUCACAGCUGCCAAGACUGAGACUGAGCUGGAAGCAAUUGCAUUCCUGGGUCUAGAGUUCUGGAGUUCUCCUGUGUACAAGAGAGCAGGCAAGAGUUCUGCACCUCCUACGAGUCCUCUCGACGCAGGCAGCCCGAGCACAGAAACGAAGCAGACCCCGCAUUUAAAUGGAGUGCAUUCCAUUCAAACACGGACGCCUUCAGAGCUGGAGUGCAGCCAGACCAAUGGUGCUCUGUGCUUUAUAAACCCGCUGUUCCUGGAGGUGCACAGCAAAGACAUUAACGGCAGCCUCCAAGGGCAGGCUCCCAAAUCCAGAGAGACGGGCCGGCCCUACUCCGCCCCGGCUCGGCCUCCCCCUCCUCGGCUGCCCGCGAGUAUGGACCAGAGCCCGGGUCCGGCCGCCGACCGGGAGGGAAGGGGGGGCCCUUGCAAACAGCCCGGGGCCAAAGCGGCUCCCAUCCCGCCGCCCCGCAUCAAGAAACAAGCCGGCGGUGCUGAGGCGGUGGACAAGGCUGCAGCCCCGAAACCAGCAGCUCCCGGGCCGGAGGAGGCUGCAGGCCAGGGCCGGCAGCGGCUCAGCGACCUCAGCAUGUCCACCACCUCCACCGAGUCCGACUCCAGCAGCAUGGAGGUGAAACGGGACUGCCCUUCCAGCCUGGAGGGGGACACCAACAGCAGCCUGGAGGAGGAGGAGGAGGAGGAGGACUCCGAGGCGGACAGCGACCAGGAGGUGCUGCCGCCCCCAUGCACCCCCAGGAAGAAGAGGCACCCUUCCUUCGUCUUCCCCAGGAUCGUCAAGACCCACAUCCAGAAAGUGAGCGGCGUCUUCAGCUCGUUCAUGACCCCCGAGAAGAGAAUGGUCAAGAGGAUCGCCGAGAUGUCCCAGGACAAGCGCACCUACUUCGGCUGCCUGAUCCAGGACUACAUCAGCUUCUUCAAGGAGAACAAAGACUGCCACGUCUCCAGCACCGACAUGCUCCUCACCGUCCGCCAGUUCAUGACCCAGGUUAAAAGCUACCUGCUCCAGAGCUCGGAGCUGGACCCGCCAAUAGAAUCCCUCAUCCCAGAAGACGAAAUAGAUGUUGUUUUGGAGAAAGCAAUGCACAAAUGCAUUCUGAAGCCCCUGAAGUCUUACAUUUACGCAACUUUGAAACAAUUCCAUGUCUCCGACGGCUCCUGGAAGCAGCUGAAAGAGAAUCUGCUCUCUGUUAAACAAAAAGUGCCUCAGGAACUAGGAGUGGAUGCCUCUGUCCCCGAUACUGUCACCUUGGAUAAAAUAAGGCACAAGUUUCAUAAUAUGCACAAGGCGUACUCUCCUGAGAAGAAGGUGUGUCUAUUGCUAAGGGUCUGCAAAGUUAUCUACAGUGUUAUGGAAAACAACUCAGGAAGGUUAUAUGGGGCUGAUGACUUCCUGCCUAUGCUGACCUAUAUAGUAGCCCAGUGUGACAUGCCAGAGUUGGAGAUUGAGAUUGAAUACAUGAUGGAAUUGUUGGACCCAUCACUACUGCAUGGAGAAGGUGGCUAUUAUCUGACCAGUGUCUAUGGAGCCCUCUCACUAAUAAAGAAUUUCCAAGAGGACCAGGCGGCCAAGUUAUUGAGCUCACAAACCAGGAAUACUCUAAACCAGUGGCACAAGAGAAGGACCGCAGACAGCAGAACAGCUCCUUCAGUUGAAGACUUCCAAAACUACCUGCGCGUGGCCUUCAACAACACGACAAGUGGCUGCACAGCCAAGACCUUACUGGUAAGACCAUUUACGACAACAGAGGAGCUGUGUGACCUCUGUGCUGCCAAAUUCCAAGUUCAGGACACUGAGAACUACAGCCUCUUCCUCCUUAUUAAUGACACCUGGCAGCAGUUGGCUCCUGAUACCUUCCCGCAGAAAAUCAAGGCAGAGUUGCAUAGUAGGCCUCAGUCCCAGAUGUUUUACUUUGUCUACAAGCGCCUUCACAAUGACCUUCCCAGCAAUGCCCUUGAGCACAGCAACGCGGCUUCGGAAGAAUGCAGCGUCACAUCUUAAAUGAUGAGGCCUAUUCCCUCCUUUGCUAUCGUCGGGCAUCUUGGACGUUGUUUCAGCUUUAUUUUAAUUAACUUUUAUAGCAUGCCAGGGAUGUGUAUUCUUACAACCCAGUAAACCUUCAUAGGUAAACCAUUGCUGAUGCGCUUGGAGCUGGGUAUGUGUGUGUAUGUGUAACACCUUGCCCAAGGCACAGCUGGUUAUUGGGGUUUUGCAUUGUAUUGCAACAGAUAUUCACUCUGUGCGUGACAAAGUCCAGUCAGAUGCAAUGCAUCAGUGAGAACUGUCACAGUAGCUGGAUGAUUUGCAUCCUACUCUUAAAAGACUAAAACAGUGGGAAUAAAAUCAGUUUGGGCGCAGGCUGCAUAAAUGGUUUUAUGUUUAUAGGAAGACUGUGUUUCUGUGGAUCCCAGAGACAUUAAUUUGGUAGCAGUUGCUGGUUAACUGAAAUUUUUUUUUAAAAGUUAUUUUUUUAAGCCAGAAAUGAUUAUUCUUGUAAACAUCUGGGCAUAUAAUUGAAACAAGUGUUGGAUUUUUUUUUUAGGUUUUUUUUAAUUAUUCACACACUAUGUUGAUCAAUUAUUUUUUAUUUUGAGCAUCAGGUAUUUGCUUGAUAAAUGAAAUUGUUUGUCCGAAUCAUUUACAACACCGCCGUUGUACUGUUGUGUAAUAUACUGCUGCAAUGUUUCCUGGUCAGCAGCACCAUCUGUGCCCUUUUAGUCAGCUCCAAAUGAGAUGCAACACCUCCGAGUCAAAUAUUCAGUGAUGUGGACUGUGUAGGCAUAUUCAUCAGUGUCCAAACCCACACAAUCUUUUCAUACGCAAAUAAUGCGGCCAGUUCUAGGCACCACCUAUUAAUAAGGAUGGCCCGGCCUCCAAGAGAGCGUGGAAGACAUUUGCUGGAAGGUUACAAGGGAUGUGGGAGUUUAACUUUGUGAAGGGACUAGAGACACUGCAAUCAUUCUUUUUCAAGCAGGAAAGGUUAAAGAGGGAAAUUGAUGGGAGGUGCUCGAGAACGCAAAGGGCUGAUGAGAAGAGAGCACAUCGAGAGGCAGAGCGGUUUAGUAAACAGGCCCCACAGUUAAACUUGGUGAGAGGACACCGAGGCAACAUGAAGGCACAAGAAAUUACUCAGCAAGUUGUUCUGAUCUGGAAUCAACUGGUUAAUCGAGUGAAGCAAAGAGAUCCAACAGAAACUGGAUGACAAGGAAACUGGAAAGAUUUUACAGGACAAAUAGGAGAGGAAUGGGACCAAUUGGGUAGCUCUUUAAAAGGGCUAGUGCAGGCUGAAUGACCUCAUCCCUCCUGUGAAAUUCUACAAUUUUGUGAAAUAGUUUGAAGAGAUCCAGUGGUGUAGGAAAUGGUGAAAUAGUGGGAGUUAAGGAAUGUUGUUGAACUAGAAUUGUGCUCUGUAUCCAGCGUGCACAGUGUCUGAGUGGGGAGAACUUGUUCAAUGAAGCUGAAUACUCAACAUAAUGAGUUUUGCACUUCUGAGAAUUAUCUGUCCCUCCCCUUAUUGAGGACCAAAUAAAAGUUAUUGUUCUGGCCUCCCAGUGCAGGAAAGAGCUCUAGUGUUAUAGUUAAAAGUGGGCAAUGGAAAGUUGAAAGAGAGGGAGAGACAGCAAGCAGUAGUAAAGGGAAAUGAAGAGACAUUGGAUUAUAGCAAGGGCGAAUGUGGAGUGGCCUGGUCGUAUUGAAGGUAAACCUGACCGUAUAAUUCUUGGUUUAGUCACCAUUUCAUCAUCAAUUAAAUCCAACCACCCAUUCUCAAUUGAGCUGUCAGAUGGUGAGCAGGCUUGGAAAGAAAUAUUGAUUUUUUUUUUUACUGUGUUUGUGUUUAGUUGCUACAACGUUGUGUUUACAUUACUGUAUCUUCACUGCACUCAAUUGUCACUUAAACAUUCCAUGCUAGCUUUUAUUACAGUGAGAUUACCUUGUAACUAAUCCACUUGAUGCCCUGUGGAACAUAGCAUCUCUGUCACUCCUUGCAUUUUGCAUCUGUAAUUUUGAGGGCCCACUUUGGCAAGCUGUCCUUUGAUGGUUUUGCAUGAAUAUUUUCUGAAAUGCCACGGAAGCACUCCAGCUUUUCAGGUCUUUGUUGUCGGAGCAGUGCUUUUUAAUCCGCUGAGAUUUGUGUUGGAAUCCAGUCCAGGAUUGGGCUGCUCUCCCUCACUGGGCACUCCGGCUCCAACAAUUACAUGAUUUUAAGGCAGUGGCUCAAUUGCACAAAACUGCGAACAGAUUGCAAUUACGCUGAUGGUCUCACUGGAGUAGCAUUGAGGAUGGUGAAUGGGAAUUGAAAGUCUUCACACUGGCGCGACACAGGCACUGUUCUGACACUUGAAUCGGAACGCAGAGCAGUUUUCAAAGUCCUCUCUGCUGGGGCAUUCAACAGGAGCAGAGUCUCUGAAGUAAAUUGUCCAGCCUGAGCGGCACCUGUUCCAGACAAGCCCAGGGCUAAAUUCUAGUACCAGUGGUGGCAGCAGGAAAAUCAGGAGCAGGUGCAAGUCUGUAACAACUGAGAUGUCAGGACUUUAUCAAAUAAUGAGUAGGAGGACUUGCCUGAAGUGUAGAUCCUUUGAGUGGAGUGGGUUAUGUGCAGGGAGGAAGUGAGCGAAACACGUACUUUAAAAUAAAGUGGCCCACAUUGGAGAUCUUUGCAGUCCAAAGGAUCCUUUGCCACUGUGAUUUUGAGAACCAUCAUCCCUCAGUGCCACCCAUUUCUGAUCGAUUGCCCCUGCACGUUGGCCCACACAGCAAGCACAGCCUCUGCUUGGAGAGACAGCGGGUCAGCCGUGCCCCCACCAAACCCAUUAAAUGUGGGUCAGGAUGACUUAUCCCUUCUGCGCAUGCCAGCAGGCUAUGCCCCUUCAGAAAGUCACUGGGCAGCAUAAAAAGGCUUAUAGCUUGCCAACUGUUCUUUUCACCUGAUCACAGAAUACUCAGUCCCCAGGCACAUGGGUUAGAAAAUGGAGCCUAUUGUGCUAGGAGAGGUUUGUACGCUACCUGAACUGAGUGCCCUUUGAAAGCAUUUCUGGCAUUAAAACCUUCUGAAUGGCUAUAAACAAUGCAGGGAACACCCAUUGGCCAGUUUCUCGUCUCUAUAUCUUAGAUUUAUAAUAAUGAUGGGGAGAUCUGAAGAAAAGACAAUGAAGCAAAUUGAAGCUGAGGGGAAAUAGAAAGCCACUGAACAACGUGGGGUGGGGGUGGAAACUGAUCUUCUCCAGAGAUAUCUUGAGGUGGAUAAGGCAGUCAAGAAAGCAUAGAGCACACUUGCCUUCAUCAGCUGGGGUAUCAAAUAUAAAAGUUGGCAAGUUAUGUUUCAGCUUUAGUACAAAACUU